AUGCAGGGUCGCUUGAAAGAUCCAUCCUUGGGCCUCCGAACGGCUGUGGCAGUGGCCGCGUUGCUGCUCUGUCGAUUUCCAGCGUGUUUGGCUGCUGCUGCUGGUGCAGCUUGCGAUUUUCUGGCAAUCUUCAACUUCGGAAGCUCGAACUCCGACACGGGCGGGUUGUCGGCGGUGCUUGGGCAGGUCCCGCCGCCAAAUGGGGAGACGUAUUUCCACAAGCCGUCAGGGAGGUACUGCGACGGACGCUUGCUCAUUGAUUUUAUAGCGGAAGAUUUGAGAUUGCCUCAUCUGAGUGCAUAUUUGGACUCUGUCGGUUCGAAUUUCAGUCAUGGAGCCAAUUUCGCCGUGGCCGGAUCAUCAAUCAGACCACAGACCACGAUCCAGGGCGGAUAUAUUCCAAUCUCACUAAACGUUCAGCUUGUCGAGUUCUCUGACUUUCUCCUGAGAUCAUGAAUAUUUCGGUCAGGAUGCGUAUUCUCGAGAUUAUUGCCACAAGAAGAGUACUUCUCUAGGGCUUUGUACACAUUCGAAAUUGGCCAAAACGAUCUCACCUCUGGAUUGAAGCAGAACAGGACCAUCGAUCAGAUAAAGGCGGACAUUCCUGAUGUGAUGACUCAGUUCUCAGAUGCCAUAAAGAAAGUAUAUGCUCAAGGAGGAAGGUCAUUCUGGAUACAAAACACAGGCCCGUUGGGGUGUUCAAUCUUCAUCAUGGACCAGUAUCAUCGAGAAGCUCAGGAGGAUGAACAUGGUUGUUUGAGACCUUUCAAUGAGUUGGCUCAGUACUUCAACACCAAAUUGAAGCAGGCAAUGAAUUCACUCAGGACAGAGCUUCCUCUGGCGGCAAUAACAUAUGUUGAUGUCUACUCUGUGAAGUACAAUCUCAUCACUCAAGCAAAUAAACAUGGAUUUCAGGAACCUUUCAUAGCCUGCUGUGGACAUGGUGGGAAGUACAACUUCAACAAUAGUAGGAGAUGUGGAUUCAAAGCUACAGUUGAAGGAAAAGAGAUUGUAAUAGCGAAGUCAUGCAAAGAUCCAUCAGUCCGGGUCAGUUGGGAUGGUGUACAUUUCACAGAAGCAGCUAAUAGAUGGAUAUUUGAGAAAAUAGUUGAUGGCUCAAACUCAGACCCACCGAUUCCUCUGAACAUGGCUUGUCAUAGAAUGGAUCACUGAGACAA